UAUUUAAAGGCGCGCGCCAGCGCCGCGUCGUCGCGGUCCUCGGGCCCGGGUCAACGGAGCGUAGCGCUAUGGCCGGCUGCCUCGUGCUCAACAACGGCGCCAAGAUGCCCCUCGUGGGGCUGGGCACCUGGAAGUCCCCUCCGGGCAAAGUGACGGAGGCUGUGAAGGUGGCGAUUGACGUCGGGUACCGCCACAUUGACUGCGCCCACGUGUACCAGAACGAGAACGAGGUGGGGGUGGCCAUCCAGGAGAAGCUCAAGGAGCAGGCGGUGAAGCGCGAAGACCUCUUCAUCGUCAGCAAGCUGUGGUCCACGUACCAUGAGAAAAACAUGGUGAAAGGAGCCUGCAAGAAGACACUCAGCGACCUGAAGCUGGACUACCUGGACCUCUACCUUAUCCACUGGCCCGUCAGCUUCAAGCCCGGGAACGAGUUUUUCCCACUGGACGGGAAAGGCAAUGUGAUUGCCUCUAACACCGAGUUUUUGGACACGUGGGAGGCCAUGGAAGAGCUGGUGGAUGAGGGGCUGGUGAAAGCUAUUGGGAUCUCCAACUUCAACCAUCUCCAGAUCGAGAAGAUCUUAAACAAACCUGGCUUGAAGUAUAAGCCAGCAGUUAACCAGAUCGAGGUCCACCCAUACCUCACUCAGGAGAAGUUAAUCCAGUAUUGCCAGUCCAAAGGCAUUGUGGUGACAGCCUACAGUCCCCUCGGCUCUCCCGACAGGCCCUGGGCCAAGCCUGAGGACCCUUCCCUACUGGAGGACCCCAGGAUCAAAGCCAUAGCUGACAAGUACAAGAAAACCACAGCCCAGGUGCUGAUUCGGUUCCCCAUGCAGAGGAAUUUGGUCGUGAUCCCCAAGUCUGUGACACCUGAACGCAUCACUGAGAACUUUCAGGUCUUUGACUUUGAACUGAGCAGCGAGGACAUGACCACUUUACUUAGCUACAACAGGAACUGGAGGGUCUGUGCCUUAGUGAGCUGUGCCCACCACAAGAAUUAUCCCUUCAAGGAAGAGUUUUGAGCGGUGGGUGCCUGCCACUCCCCAGGCGACCUGCCACCGUCCUCCCUGCCUCAGUCUUCCCGUAUGUAGUAUAGUAGGUCAUGUCCCUUAGGGCAGGGCAGCCACCUGCAGUGCCCAGGGAGGGCCUGGCCAGCCUGGCAUUGGAUCAAAAGAGCAGUCUCAGUAGAUUAGAGAUCUCUUCCAGUUUUCUUUGCCUUUCUUGUCCAGCUCCCAGGGAAAGUACCCUUUUCUGACUAAGCUGAGUCUACGAAGUGAAAAUUAGUGCCACUAACAGUUGGAUUUUGGCUGCUUGGAACUGUAAUCCUUUCAGCCAUAUUUCUCCUUGCCUCAAAUAAAAAGCACUUUUGUGAGCUUGA